UCAAUCGCAACGUGGUCCGAACGAAACGCUCCCUCCUAACCUCUAACCUAACCUAACCUCUCUUUUCGCACGUCUUGACUCUUCUCGUUCAUUUCUUAUUUUACUAUACGCACCGUCGUUAAUUUUCCGACUGUAAAUCUCCUUUUUCACAUAUGUACUCUAUAUUCAAUUCGGUUCGACGUGAUUCACUCGGUUUUAUCGCCAUGAGUGUUGCGACACCGAUGUACGGUAAUCGCGAAACUUGACACUUGCACUGCUCCGAUCGCGUGGAUUGACAAACGCUGUCGCUGGUUACAGAAGAUUGUUGAAUAAUCUUGAUUUUUCAUGAAUCGCUUUUGUCAUGACGAGCGAGGAUAACGUGUGGAGAGAACUAGCAAGAAUCCCUGCCGAUCCCCCCGACACGAGAGACAAGUGUCAACAAUGCAGGAGACCUGUACAAGUAUGCUGGUGUCCGGGUUUGCCGAAGCAGCGUCUCAAUCCAGCGUCGAGGAUAAUAAUUUUGCAGCAUCCGGCAGAGGCAAAGCGCUGUCUGCGCACCGUGCCGAUGCUCGCAUUGGCAUUAGAAUCGGGAAAGUGCCUAAUUUUCAGGGGAAAAAAGUUUCCGUUGCCUAAGCACGAAGGCCUGGCGGAGAUAUUAAAUGACAAGAAUACUAUUUUGCUAUAUCCAUCACCUGGCGCUGUUGCGUUGGAUACGCUGGAUCCAGUUGGGAUCAAUGAGCAAAAGGCAUAUAACUUGGUUCUGCUGGAUGGAACGUGGCCGCAAGCGAAAGCGAUAUAUCACUCGAGCCCAGCUCUGUAUUUUCUACGAGCUUGCAAGCUGAUCGGUGUACCCACUAGUGAAUACGUGAUCAGGACGCAGCCGACGGAGGGUUGUCUCUCGACGCUGGAGACAGGCGCGAGUGCGCUCUCGAUUCUAGAAGGGGAUCCCGAACUGAGAGAGAAGAUGCUGGGUCCACUACAUUAUUUAUGUAGGUUUCAAUUAGAAAAUGGUGCGGUAACACACCAGAGCAAGGAGUUUCUUAUCAAACAGAAAGCUUAUCCAAAGUUAAUUGGCAAAAGACUCGCUAAACAAUUACGUAUAUUACCGGAUAGUACCUCAUAAUAUUAAGACGUACUGAAAGUUUAUCGAGAUAUAUAUUUGAAAAUUAGAUAAAUAUAUAAAAUAAAUAUCUUUCAUGAACUUCAUAUAAAGAGCGUUGAUAUGGAAAAGAAAUACUGCGUAAAGUUAGCACAUGAAAGUUUCAAUAAAUUUAUAUUUACAAUUUAUAAAAUAAGCCUAAGAUACUCUAUUUUAGCGGCUCGAAAAAAUUACUUUUAGGAUUUUUAAAAAUAACAGCGGAUCUUUGUGAAGAUUUAUAAUAUAUCUUGUAAAUAUUAAUUUCCAUGUUUGGAAGAAAACGGUUUGAUAAUAUGACGUGUCAUUUCUCAUAAAAUUGUAAAAAAUGUAAGAAAAAUACUAUUUAU